UCCGAUCCAAUCCACAGGUGGAAAAUAUCACGAUGAAGUUCAUUCCUGUAGUUUUCUGUAUAAGCUUCCUUCUAAUUGGGUCAACAUCUUCUGUUGAAAUCGAAGCUGUAGACGAUUCCGACCUUGUUCACUUGAUUACCGGCGAAGACAACGUCAUCGCUUUGUUUACAAAAGCAAAUUGUGAAUCUUGCGAUGAAUUGGAAACCGUUGUAGAGAACAUUCAAGAUGACCUCAAAACACAUCUCUCAGCGGUUGUUGUUAAAUCUAUGAAUAGCCACAUGACUGGGAUUUAUAAUCCCAGUAAGGAACCGGCUUUGGUUUACUUCCGACGUGGUUUGCCUCUUCUUUACCAUGGGCCAAUAACUGAAGAUGACAUCAUGCACACAUUUAGCGAGAACCGCGAUCCCGUGGUGAAGGAGCUUUCGGAUAAUAACUUUGAACAUUUAACCCAAGCGGCAACAGGAGCCACUACCGGUGAUUGGUUUGUCUUCUUCUAUUCAAAUGAUUGUGUUGUCUGUCAACGAUUGUAUGCUGUUUGGGAAGCCGUGGGUGCCGCACUAAAACGUCGCAUGAAUGUAGCUCGAAUUAAUCGACUAGAAUAUGGAAUAUCCACUGCCAGAAGGUUUAAUGUUCGAGAAUCUCCAGAGUUUUUGUUCAUUCGUCAGGGAAAAUAUUUCAGAUAUCGAUUGAAGGAAUACACUCCAAGCAGCUUCAUUGACUUUGCUCAAAACAUACACUUGCAAAAGACUAAACCCGAAGCAGUUCCUCCACUAUCAAGUCCUAUUGAUGAUUUCCUCAAUGAUAAUGUGAAAUCUAUUUUGGGACAUCCUCAGCUUUAUUCUUACGGUAUUGUUGGUAUUGCAGUUUUAGCCUUAGCUGUAUUUUUGUGCAAAUGUGUAUGCUCAAAAAAGUCAAAGACAACGGCAGAGAAGAAAAAAGCUAAAUAAUUGUAAUUUCAAGGAAUUUUAUUCAAAAUUACGUUCUAAAAUAUUUGUUGCAAUCAUUCCAAAAACGUGGAACUUUCUUUUCUAUAAAUAUUUUUGCUUUAAGCUAUAAUUUAUAAGUUAGUGAUAUUUUGUAUACUUACUUAUGUACGUCCUAAUAAAGUACUAUUUUUUCUAUAUUUCUCAAA